ACUUUUUAUCAUAUAAUUAUGACUUUGUAUCUAAUAAUUAUGACAUGGGAAGGUUUGUGUUACUCUAAAGUCUGUCACUCACAAGAGCUUAAAGCUACCUGGUCGUUUGACAAAAACAGUAGGUUGCUAGGCAACAGAAAAACAACCGGGCAAGGAUGGCGGACAGCACGCAAAGUGCAGAGGCCAUAGUGUCAGAUGUCCACAAGAAGAUCAAAGCAGCGUUUGAAGCGUUUGUCUAUGAGUCUAACAACUCAGUGGAUGUCAGGGAGAUUGGCACCAUCAUCUAUUCCCUGGGUUGCUUCCCGACUCAGGCAAACCUACAUGACCUAAUAGCUGAGGUUGAAGAGGACCACACAGGAUAUAUUCAUUUGGACAAGUUCCUCCCAGCCAUGACCAGAGUGCUGCUGGAGCACAAGUUCCCUUCCAUCCCUGAGGACCUUCUGCUUCAGGCCUUUGAGGUUUUGGACAAAGAAAACAAAGGGUACCUGGAGCCCGAGGAGCUGACUAAGUACAUGACACAGGAAGGUGAGGUCUUCACUCAGGAGGAGAUGGAUGAGAUGCUGACAGCACUCGCUGACCAUGAGAAGAACCUGGUCUAUUACAAAGACUUAAUCAGCCAGCUGACCAUUGACCCUGACAUGUAAAGUGCCUCAGUGUGUGUGUGUGUGCAUAAUUGUUGAGAAAUAUUAGACACAAACAAGUCUGUGUGUUUGGUGCUUUUUGUCCAUGUCUGCAUGUCUUAUUGUGUGAGUUGGUAGUUCCGAUAUGGUAUAAUAAACAAACAUAUAAUACAUGUAAAUAUCUCCUCCUUGACCUUGUGUUUUAAAAAUUGGCUUUCAAUUCAGACGAAAUGUGAUUUGCUCAAAUUGACAGAUUUGGGAUAGGCAUCAAAGCAGGAGCAGUCCAUUGUUUUGGAAUGUCUACUGUACGUUUUAUGCUCCCAUCCAUUUACUUAUUGCACAACCUAACUUUCAUUAAGUCCAAGUCUUUCACAAUCACAUUAAAAGUACCAGUACAGUGCAUUUCAAUUGGAGUAAUGCAAAUUUUAGCCCUUCGUACAUGUAAACGAAGUCAGAAAUCAGUAUCACCACACAACACUGAUUAACUCAGAUUUGUUAUAUAGCUAAUGCAACAUUGCUUGCAUUUGUAUUUAAGAAAGAAUUUGCUGUGGUCCCAAACACAGGAACUGGGUUCAAAAUAGAGGCUGAGGCAUAGUACUGGGUCUUAAAAAAUAAAAUUAAAAUAAACUGCAGUGUA